AUGUAUGACGGUCUCUUGAAACUGAAGCUGCCGAAGGGAGCUACAUUCGUCGCGUAUGCAGAUGAUGCGGCUCUCGUAGUCGUCGCCAAAACACUGGAGGAGAUCAAUUACAUCUUUGAGAUCACCUAUGCGAUGACCCGCCAAUGGAUGGUCUCAGUGGGACUGAUGUUGGCGGACCAGAAGACGGAGGCCGUGUUGAUCACGAGCAGGCAGAAGAUUGAAACCAUCACGCUGCGAGUUGGGGACCAUGAAAUCACCUCCCAACCAUCUUUACGGUACCUGGGAGUGAUGNCAGUUGGGGACCACGAAAUCACCUCCCAACCGUCUUUACGGUACCUGGCAGUGAUGAUUGAUGCCCGGCUCAGUUUCAAGCAGCAGGCAAAGCACGUCGGUACCAAGGCGUCCGAAGUUGGGAUUGUCCUGUCACGGCUCAUGCCCAACAUCGGAGACCCAAAGCAGAAGAGGAGAGCGUUACUGUCGUCGGUGGACGUAUGGAUGAAACGAACCCACAGAGAGGUGAACUACUACCUCACCCAGAUGCUUUCAGGACACGGGUGCUUCCGGGCUUAUCUUCACAGGUUUCACCACGAGGAUUCCCCAGAGUGCCCGACCUGCGUUGGAGUCUCCGAAGACGCGGAGCAUGUGUUCUUCGUGUGCCCGCGCUUCAACGCGCGUCGCAGGGCUCUCGAGACUACAGUAGGAGGGAGGAUUCAGCCUGGAAAUCUGGUGAAAACUAUGCUUUCAUCAGAACCAGCCUGGGAAGCGACGAGCACCUUUGCGGCGGAAGUCCUGAAGGAUCUACGCCAAGCUGAACAGGAGAGAAAUAAAGAUAAGAGGAAAAAGAAGAACACGUAA